UGACUUUAUUGUGUGUUUGAUAGUUAAUAUUUUGUUGUUACUAUGAAGGAAAACGACUGUGAAAAUAUGGUUUCUGAUCAUUCAUUGAAGCCUAAAAAACCAAAAUCUAGAGAAGUAAGUUCAAGAUAUCUCUCUCCAACUUCAAAUCAUUCAAUUCUUGAUAAUGAAAAUCAGUCUCCACAAAGCAUAGUGCCAAAACCAAGAUCCUCUACUGAUUCAAGAAAGCAUAAAAGUCUUGAAAAUUCAAGAUUCAUGGGUAAACUUUGGCCAGCUUCAACUUCAAUGGUUGAUACUCUUGGAAAUCACUUAGGAAAUGAUAGGUUAAAAGACAUCGAAGAGCAAAAAAACCGCGAAAAUCCCAAUUAUCAUCGUCUGUUUCUGAGUAAGCAAAAGAGCUGUACGGAGUUUAGUAGGUUUGAGAAUGAAAAAGAAGAAAGGACGAAAGAUAAACGUAGAUCAUUUUUUGGUGGAUCAAUGAGGAAUACUGGAAAAAUCAAAUUUCCGGGGAGAUUUUCAACUAAUUCAUCAAAGUCUUCAAAUUUAUCGGAAGAUUAUAGUGAUCAAUCUGUCCCCGGUAGACUUUCUGUUGAUGCGAAUUCCCUUCCACGAAGAUGUAAUUCUGCAAGAAUUAGAUCAGAUUACGUAUCAGAUAUAGUAAAUGAAUCUGAAUCAGAAUACAGUGACAUCUGUUCAAACAACAGCUUUGAUUCGCCUGUUAUUGGUAGAAAUAUAGCACCAUCAUAUAUGGCACCAACAUUAAGUUCAAGAAAAGCUGGUAUUGAAGUUCCUUCGAAGUAUAUGCAAGAUUCAUUAUCAAAAUCACGAAGAUGGAGUGCAGAUUCCAGUGUUGCGAAACCAAAUUCUCCAAAUUUAGGACUCAAAUCCAAGAGUAAAACUUCUAAAUGGACUCUGUCACUUGGAAGGCCAAGUUCUCCUCCUGUUUUGAUGGAAAAUAAAGGGAUUUUUACGUCGAAUAUGAAGCCUCCAACGAGUCCUUCAAAAGGGAAAAAAGUUGGGAAUUUCCUUAGCAUGGGGCUUGAAUUGCUGAAAGGUAAGAAAUUUUCUUCUGGUGCAGCAUCUCCUCUUAGGCCAGGCAUGACGGAGAGCGUUCAUCAUUUAAGGAUACUUCAUAAUAAAUUGUUGCAGUGGAGAUAUGUAAAUGCCAGAGCUGAUACUGUCCAUCUCAAUAUCAGUAAACAAGCUCAGGCAAACUUAGUAUAUACUUGGGAUGGUCUUAUAAAAUUGAGACAAUCCGUGGUACAAAAGAAGCUGCAGCUACAGAUGCAAAAGCUGGACAUGAAAUUGAGUUUUAUUCAUCAUUCUCAAAUUAAGUUACUAGAAGCCUGGUUUUCUAUGGAAAGACAACAUUCUUCAGCAGUGUCAACAUCCAUAGAUUGUUUACAGUCUGCAGUCUUUAGGGUUCCUCUCAUUGAAGGAGCGACGGUGGAACCACAAUCGGCUAUUAUUGCUCUUCAACAUGCAUCCGAUGUAUCUUCAUCGAUCAAGUUGAAAUUAUCCACUUUCUCAUCAAGAGCAGAGAAAACUGCAGAAGUACUCAAGGAAAUGGCAGAAGUAGUUGUACAAGAGAAAUUGCUGUUAGAAGAAUGCUUGGAGCUUUUCAAGAACGUUUCUGCACUAGAGAGUCAAGAAAGCAAUUUAAAAUGCAGCAUUAUCCAAUUAAGACUGCAACAAGAAAAGUACUGCAAAAAAGAGAAGGAAAUGAUAUCUGCUUAAUCAUUUGAUCUCAGCAUACGGAUGCUCAAAGAUUUAACGCCAGAGAUGGAGCCAAAAUUUCAACUUUAUAGGUUUUUGAUUUCAAUGAUGACGUAUAGUGUUCAUAACUCAAUUCUAAAUUUUAUAUCUGUACAUAUUUAAUGAAUUUCUUAACAUAAAUACAUUGUUUGAGCAAAAAUUACGA